CGGUAGUAUAAUUUAGAGACGGCCCCUAACUUAUUGUCGCAUGGUACUGUGCCCAGAUGGAGCCAAUUCCAGACUUUCCGGUUAUCCGUUUAGGGAAAAUUAGCUCGUAGUGCCUUUCUUACGCUUAUACAGUGUGUAGCUUUACCCGUUUCACCACUCUUUUGUUUCGUUUGUGACUUCGCCUGCUGAAACUGGUGCUAAGCGCUCAACUCGCUAACAUACGUUACUUCCCGGUGGCUGCUGCAGCCUCACAUCUUUGUCGCCGUCGGUUCUCCCCCGAAAUGAAAAGAAACGGCGCCUACAGGUUUUUGUCAGUAUUCUCCUGCUUCGUCGUUUGCGUGUUCUUGUUUUUGUUUUGGUUCUUUAUAUUUUACUCAAUGGUGCUUGCGCCAUAAAGCGCAGAAACUGUAGCAGCUAAGCUAAAGCUACUUACCCGGAGUGCUUUGCUCUAUUUACAAGUUCCGCGAUCACAUGAUCAACUUCACCAGGAAGUAAGAAUUUAUGAACUUGGUCGUGCAGCCUGUCAGUGAAGUUGUGAUGGCGUCUGACACCAGUGAAGCGUCGUCGUCUGCCGACCUCAAGCUGCAGUUUGCUCCCUUCAGCAGUGCUCUGGAGGCAGGCUUCUGGCAUCAACUGACUCAGAAAAAACUCAAUGACUACAGAUUGGAUGAGAGCCCCAAAUGUAUCAAAGGAUACUACUACAAUGGUGACCCGGUUGGUUUGCCUACGCGCCUAAAUUUGGAGUUCAGUGCAUUUGAUGUUGAUGGUCCAACUCCAGCCCGUUGCUCUCCAGCUGUUGGAACGCUGUACAACACCAACACUCUUGAUUCCUUCAAGACCAUAGAUAAGAAGGCUCUGCUGGAAAAAGAGGCCAGGGAGAUAUGGGAUUCUAUACAGUCUGGGGCUGCGUGGAAGGACCCAUCAACCCUCUGCAGAUUCAUUCUACUGACCUUUGCAGAUUUGAAGAAGUACCAUUUCUACUACUGGUUCUGCUUCCCUGCACUUUGUUUCCCAGAGGGAAUAAAGAUCGUCCAACCGCCGUCUCUCCUAGAACAGACUUUCUCAGCAAAACAGAUUGCGGCCCUGCAGGAGGCCUAUGACAGCCUGUGCAUGAAGAAGGGGACCACUGCAGUUCCUUACUUCCUCAUGAAAUACACAGAUGACACCGUUCAGUUGGCUUCACUUGGGGAUGGGGAGACAUUUUUCACUGAUACUAAGAAGGUCACUGUGGGUGUCUAUGAUCCGUGUACUCUGUCUCAACAUCCGGGCUGGCCUCUGAGGAAUUUAUUGGUCCUCUUAGCAAACCAAUGGGGCUCUAAGGUCGACACGGUGGAAGUGCUGUGUUUUAGAGACAGGACUCUCCAGGGAAUCGCUCCAUUCAGCAUAAGUAUCAUCUUCCAGGUCAAACUGCCUGCUCCCAACAACUCGGUUUGUCCUAAGAGCGUAGGCUGGGAGAAGAAUAAGAAGGGAGCCAUGGGACCCAGGAUGGUCAACCUCAGUGAAUGCAUGGACCCCAAAAGGACUGCUGCGUCAUCAGGGAUCUGAAACCUGAAGCUUAUGAGAUGGACGGUUCCUCCUUGGACCUGGACAGUGGUCAGCACAAAGUGUCUUCUUCUGGGCGCUGGGACGCUGGGUUGCAAUGUGGCCAGGACUCUAAUGGGAUGGGUGAGGCACAUCACAUUUGUCGACAAUGCAAAGAUCUCGUACUCCAACCCAGUUCGGCAGCCUCUGUAUGAGUUUGAGGACUGUCCGGGGGAGGGAAGUCAUCGGAGUGUGAGUCAAAUGCUGGAAGAUGAUGUCAAUGCAGAGGGUUACAAUAUGAGCAUCCCUAUGCCUGGCCACCCUGUGAAUUUCUCCCAGGCUACUCUUUCACAGGCCCAGAAGGAUGUGGAGCAGCUGAGAACUUAUUUCCGAGCAUGACGUGGUGUUUUACUGAUGGACAGAGAGAGCCGAUGGCUUCCUACAGUGAUCGCUGCCAGCAGGAGGAAGCUAGUGGUAAAUGCUGCCCUGGGCUUUGACACGUUUGUUGUGAUGCGCCACGGCCUGAAGAAACCUCCCGUCAGUCAGAGUGUUUCCUCAGGGGCCGACUCCUCUCCUUCUUGUUCCUCUGCUUCCUCUUCGUCCUCCACACCGGCCGCUCUGCAACCCUCGGCCCCAGGAUCCUCUCUGUUCUCCAACAUCCCAGGACACAAGCUGGGAUGCUACUUCUGCAACGAUGUCGUUGCACCAGGAGAUUCAACUAGAGACCGGACCCUGGAUCAGCAGUGCACAGUCAGCCGACCGGGCCUUGCCAUGAUUGCUGGAGCCCUGGCUGUUGAGAUGAUGGUGUCCAUUCUACAGCACAGUGAAGGAGGCUAUGCGGUUGCCAGUAGCAGUGAAGACAGAAUGAAUGAACCUCCCACCUCUCUGGGUCUUGUGCCACAUCAGAUACGAGGCUUUCUGUCGAGGUUCGACAACGUCCUGCCUGCCAGCCUGGCCUUCGACAAAUGCACCGCCUGCUCCCCCAUUGUCCUGGAUCACUACGAGAGGGAAGGUUUCAGUUUCCUGUCCAAGGUUUUUAACUCUUCCCACUCGUUCCUGGAGGACCUGACAGGGCUGACUCUGCUGCACCAGGAGACACAGGCUGCAGAGAUUUGGGACAUGAGUGACGAUGAGAGCAUCUGAAGGAGUGCAGUAGCAAACUGAGCCACCAAAGGACUCAACACUCCGAUCCACGGUUCUCUCUUGGUUUCUUUUGUUUUUUUAAAUGAAUGUCACAUUUACAAAAGAGUGUUUGUUCACAUAAACAAGAUUAAACACAUUGCAAAAACUCUUUAGAAAAGGAGCAGUAGAGAUCCUAAUAGACCUUUAAGAAAUGAGCAGUAAUUAAAUAAAAUGAAACAGUGAAAAAAUGAAAUUUCUUUUACCGCUAAAAUAUUCUGUGAAUGUUUCUCAUUGUUACAGGAGCAGAGCUCGAACGAGUAUUUUUUUUAUUACGUGUAUAAAAAGUGUUUACAGGAGAAUGUACCUUGUAUUACCUGAUGAUGUGUAACUAGUCGCACUGUAAUCCCUUAAAUCACAACCAAACUGUCUAUGUUUGUCCAAACAGGCUUUUAUUUUUUAGGUCCAAAAACCUUGAAGAAGCCUCACUCAGUGGUCACAGGUUUAAUGCCCCCCCACAGUCUCUCCAUCAACACAUUUAAUGUGGUCACUGAAGAGUCCUUUGGCAAGAUGUGGACAACAUCUGCUCGCAUAUUCAGUUUGGAAAAGAGCUUCAGAUAAGUUACGAAAACACAAAAAACACUGUUGAAAACUCAGCAAAUCCAUCCAUCUUCUUGUGUGUUUACUGGAGACUGCGAUACAUACAGUACAGCUGAUGCUAAAAGCAGGUUCGUUGCUUCGGAAACCUGCACAGAUGUUCCUGUACCGUUCCUGAAAUGACUCCCAGGUUCUGGAGACAACCUGGAAAUGAACCAAAAGAGCUGAACGAGAAACUGCACAUCUCGGUUGGCUGGUUUGUGUUGACGCAUGCAUGUGUUUGUGCAAUGUGUGUUCCUUUUCUUACUCCAGUGUGUCUGAUCUGACAACGUGUUCCACAUUUUCAGUGUAAAGUUCAACAAUCACUUGGAUGUUAAUGGAAGAGAAUUAACUGCAAUGUGGAAAUAGAUUGGAGAUUUUCUCCACAAUUUGAGAUAAAAGCUAAAAUAUAAAAGUGCAAAAUCUUAAACCCUAUUAAUCAGAUUUUAUUGUCAUAAUUUACACUGUUGAGUUAAUCCUCUUCUAUAUGUCUGAAACCAGAAACUGGAAUAAAAUUCAAUUAUUUCUCUGUUUA